ACAGCUCAUUCAGGCUUGUUUCGAUCCCGGUUUCACCUCUGGUUCCGCUCAUUCACCCUGAAGAACCAAAAAACGCACGAUCGCAUCAGUCGCCCUGACGUGAGCGCGCCGCAACGACGUGCGCGCGCAUCCCUCUGCGUCUGCGCGCAUCCCGACGUAACAACAGUCGCGUGUGUUUCGCAGCAUCGGCGGCGGCCUCAAAGGAUCGCGUUUGACCCGGUUCGUUCUACGUGGGCCGAACCUUAUCCCGUCCCCGCCCGGAACCCCGGCGAACCGAAUCUCCGCGCUGGUGUGAGUGAUGAUGGGGGGGCGGCGCGUCGCAGCGGUGAGGAGUCUUCCUCGUCCUUCAGCAGGUUCCUCUGUGAGCUUCAUGAUGAUGGUGGAGGUCUUCCUCCUUCUGGUCCUCCUGGCUCCAUCCUCUCCUGCUGGAGCGUCCCCCUCCUGUCCCGAAAGAUGCCGCUGCUACAGCCUCACCGUGGAGUGCGGCUCCACCGGCCUGAAGGCCCCCCCCAGGAACAUCCCCGCCGCCACUCAGACCGUCUUCCUGCAGGACAACCUGAUCACGCAGAUCCGCCGGAUGGACCUGAGUCUGCUGAGACACCUGCACUACCUGUACCUGCAGAACAACACCAUCUCUGCUGUGGAGCCCGGCUCCUUCCAGGAUCAGGGUCAGCUGCUGGAGCUGGCGCUGAACGGAAACCACAUCCACCUGCUGACAGCAGACAUCUUCCAGGGUCUCCAUCACCUCCGCAUUCUCUACCUUUCAGGAAAUGAUAUCACACGCCUGCUUGACUAUACCUUCCGCGGUUUGCAGCGACUGCAGGAGCUCCACCUGCAGCACAACAGCAUUGAGGCAGUGGCAGACCAGGCCCUGGUUGGUCUGAGCUCUUUGGCUCUGCUGGACCUGAGCAGGAACAAUCUUCACACCAUGGGACCUGCAUCUCUGCGGCCUCUGGUGAGCCUGCAGGUGCUGCGCAUAACCGAAAACCCUUGGCGCUGUGACUGUGCCCUCCACUGGCUGAGGAGCUGGAUCGACCAGGAGGGCCAGAGGCUGCUCAGCUCUGCAGAACGCCGGUUGGUCUGCACUGACCCGCCGCGCCUCUCCCACCUCAGCCUGGUGGAGGUCCCGCUCAACAGCCUGGUGUGCAUCCCUCCUCUGGUGCAGCUGGAGCCCCGGAGGCUGGCGGUUCGUCUGGGGGAGAGCCUGCGGGUGUCCUGCCACGCCACCGGCUACCCUCGCCCACAGGUGACCUGGAGAAAAGCAUCCCAGGGUAAGGUUGUGCACUCCCCCAGAGGCCUGGUUCAGGAGCUGGGGCCUGCAGGAGUGCCAGAGGAGCCCUCAGAGGAAGGCAAAGUCAGCCUGCAGAAGAGCGGCGGCGAGCACUUUGACCCUGACACGGGUAGCGGCAUGCUGUUCCUCAGCAAUGUGACGGUGGCACACGCAGGCUUCUAUGAGUGUGAAGCCUGGAAUGCAGGAGGCAUGGCCAGGGUGACAUUUGAGCUCGCCAUCAACUCGUCCACAGCCUCCUCCUCCUCCUCAAUCUGGGCUUCCUGGUCUCAGGUGUCCUCGCCGUACUCCCCAGCCUGGCCCCGCCAGAGAGGUUACGGCCCGGCUUUGGGCUCCGACGUGAGCCGGGAGCCUCUGUACGCUCUGGGCAGCAUGGCCUUCAGUGCCCUGGGAGCCGCCACGCAGACCGCCAUCGCUGCGGGGAUCUCCCUGCUGGCUUUGACCGCCCUGCUGCUGGUCGCCAUGAUAUAUAGCCGCCACCAGCAGCGGGACAAAGACACCGAAGGCUCUGACAAGCAGGAGGACAGCAUCCUGUACGUGAACGACUACUCGGACGGCCCCACCACCUUCGCUCAGCUGGAGGAGUACCGGGACGAGCGGGGCCACGAGAUGUACGUCCUGAACAGGGCCAAACCCGUGCUGCCUCCCGCUCCGCCGGCAGCCGCCCCCGACCCGGCCUGCUCCGCGCCCUCCGACACCUCCAGCCACACCGCCUCAGUGGAGCCGGGCCCCACCUGCAGCCCCACCCUCGCCCCCAGCAAGCAGCUCCCUCCGGACAACGACAUUCGAACCAUGAGGAGGAUGGCAGGGGAAGGAGGAGAGGCGGAGCCUGUGCUGACGUCUGAGGCUGAGGGGAUGUUUCUGAACCACACGGGUCUGUUCAUGGAGUCCCAGAUUGCCUAUGAGAUCCACUGCUGAGGAUCUGAUCUGCUGUUAGAGCUCCAAGCUGUGAUGGUUUCUUCUGUGGACCUCAGCUGGGAUGAGUGUUUUCCUCUCUUCAAGACUCGCCCAGAGAGCCGUUUCUCCUCGCCACAGACUUAGCUGUGGCCUUUCAGGAUGGUGCAUCUGAAGCACGAGUGGAUCUUCAAGCACUCUCAGACAUCCUGAUCUGAACACUAGAUACGAUGGUGCCAGAACCUGCGUCUCCCGAGGGGAUGAGCAGGAAAAGUGGGACCUCUGGGACUUGAGCAUGAAGGUCUUGUUUUCAUUGGAUCCUGCAGUGAGGUCUGCUUUUCACCAAAGAACAUCUAGUUCAUGUCAUCUUUAUCAUGUCAGAGGCUCCCUUGUUGGGUUCUGAGACUGGUUCUAUUGGGGUCAGUUCAGUUUGAGGACAUCAGCAGUUUGAAAGCACCAUGAGGGGCUGCACGUUCUGCUGUUGGGCCUCCAUACUGGAUCAGCCGUGAUUAAUUCAUCUGCCCUGCAGCUGUCAUAAACUGUUACCAGAACAUUAGUUCCUCGAGUGUUGACCUCAUUUUAUUGGGGGGUGGGGGUGUAUAAGUUAAUGUGGUGUUCAGAUGGGACUUUUUUUCAUCAUUAAGGGGCAGGGCACCAGAUACCAUAAAGAUGGUUCAUUUAGUACAACUACUUCUAAAGAUGGACCAGCCCCUCCGCCUGCCUCGUACAGCUGACUCCGUAACCAUGGUAACUGUGAUGCUGUUGUUCCAGAAGCCUGUCAGCGCUUUGGUUUUUCCAGUGAAACGGUGUGCUCUGUUCUCAUUAAAGCAGAAAAUCAAGA